GAUUUGGAGAAAAGAGACUCCUGACAUUGUUGCAGCCUCUACAGAGGCCUCUAUGGUUUCUGAGGGAACAAAAGGCCGAUUCACCCUGACUGGGAAAGUACAGGAAGGAGACUGCUCAUUCUCUAUCAGCAAUGCCCAACCAGCCGAUCAAGGGUUCUAUGAAUUUCGAUUUCAUGACGGAAAUCAUAAAUAUUUCUAUCAGAAUAACAGGCUACAUUUGACUGUGACAGAUGCACCAGCAAGUCCAACUAUUUCAAACUGCACAUCAGCAGGUUGCCGGGUUGAAGUCAUAGAAGGAACCUCCCUGUCCCUGCUCUGCUCUGCUGAAAGUAACCCUCCUGCCAACCUGUCCUGGGCAAAAACGGGUCAGAACAGCACCGACCCCCUAAAUUCCUCAAGUGGGAGAUUAGAUGUUUCUCAUGUAACCACUGAUAAUGGGGGAGAUUAUAUGUGCCGGGCAAUGAAUGAACAUGGGAAUUCAACAGCAUCAGUCAGAGUUGUUAUUACAAGUAAGUGA